CACAUUUUUGCAAUUUUGUUUUUAGCAGGUACAGCUCAAUGCAUUUCUUACAAAAUGCAAUUUAAUUCUAUAUUCCCACUCAAAUCAGAUGUCUAGGGUUUCUUCAAUCUUUCUCAAACCCUAACAAAUCCAAUCAUUCUCCGCUCGGUUUCAAUCGAUCUCCAUUAAUCCGCUCUCCAAUUCGUCUAUCGAGCUCUUCGAUCCGCAUAAUGGCGGAGCACUUGGCCUCCAUUUUCGGCACCGAGAAAGACCGUGUCAACUGCCCGUUCUACUUCAAAAUCGGCGCCUGCCGCCACGGCGACCGGUGCUCCCGCCUCCACAACCGCCCCACCAUAUCUCCGACGCUACUGCUGUCCAACAUGUACCAGCGCCCCGACAUGAUAACCCCCGGUGUCGACGCCCAGGGCCAGCCGAUCGACCCCGACAAGAUCCAGGAGCAUUUCGAGGAUUUCUACGAGGACAUAUACGAGGAGCUCAGCAAAUUCGGCGAAAUCGAGAGCCUCAAUGUCUGCGACAACCUCGCCGACCACAUGAUUGGAAAUGUCUACGUCCUGUUUAGGGAGGAGGACCAGGCGGCGGCUGCUCUCAACGCCUUGCAGGGCAGGUUCUACUCUGGCCGUCCGAUUAUUGCCGAUUUCUCGCCGGUCACUGAUUUUCGCGAGGCCACAUGCCGGCAAUAUGAGGAAAACAGCUGUAACCGUGGCGGCUACUGCAAUUUUAUGCAUGUUAAGAUGAUCGGUAGGGAGCUGAGGAAGAAGCUGUAUGGUACUCGCCAUGGCAAAUUUUGGGGAACUAGGAGCCGUAGCAGGAGUGCGAGUCUCCCUAAGCGUGAGAGGGAGAAAGACAGGGACAGGGACAGGGAAAGAGAGAGGGAUUAUGAUAGGCGGGAUCACCACCGUGGUAGUGGGAGGAGGAGUGGUGGAGAUGACAGGCAUGGUGGGAGGUAUGGGAGUGAGAGGAGAAGGCAUGGAGGGAGUCCGAGGAGGAGCAGGAGUCCAGUGAGGGAAGGGAGCGAGGAGCGUAGAGCUAGAAUUGAGCAGUGGAAUCGGGAGAGGGAGGAGAAGGGGCAGUGAUGCUAUUGGGUUUGUUGUAUUUGUUUAUACUAUUUUGGUAUUGCGUACUAUAUUUUCGUGUUGCUAUGUCUUGGCAGUUUGAUUAGUUCAACAGUAUACAUGCAACUAUAACCUAGAAUUAUGUUUCUUUUUCUGUGGGAUUAUGAUUGGGGGAUCAGAUUGUAUGACCGUUAGCAUUCUAGUUUAUCAAGACUGAAUCUCGUCACACUUUGGUGCCUGGUAUUGGUGGUUGUUUUCGUGAGAUCUUAAUGUGAUGUUCCUCAUUCAUGGCUCUAGCUCGUUCUCCUGGUUAUUAUUGGUUAUCCAAAUUUCAAGUCCUUAACUUCUUAUAUGCUAAUCACAGCAGAUAUCUUCCAUAUUCAUGUUCUUAUUUCUUCUUGUGCCCGUGCAGGAUACUUAAUUAGAAUAUUUAAGAAUUCCCUAUGAAACAUCUGAUAGUAUGGUGAAAACUCCAUUUGCUAGAAAUUCUGUAAUGUGUAGCCUGGCCUGCUGAGCUUUGUGAUCAUGUGGUGAACAAAGAUAUAGAGUAUGCAGUAGCUUAAUCAUGAUUUUUUGCAUUAAAUCAAGUUUAGUUAUUCUUACGAGCUUAUUGAUUGACCAACUUACUCUGAAAUUGGUGCACUUUUCCUUAUAUAUUGCAGAUAUUUUGAUGUAAGCUCUGGCUGAACAAUCUGUAAUCCUUGUGUUCUCCAUUUCGUACCAAAUUUCAGUGCCAUGUGUUAUUACUCAUAAUAUAGUAGUACUCUAUUAGUAUUUUCUUGUGUGUAUGUGCGUGUGUGUUUGUGUUUUGUUUUGUUUUAGCACAUCUUUCAACAGUAACUGUUCCAUUUUAGGCCUAGCAUCUAUGGGUUCACUUUCAAUGGAGUCAAUUAAUCAAGCUCUACAAAACUUCUGUUAUGUGUAAUUGUGUAUUGCUCUUUAUGGAUAUAAUGAGGAUUGUUGUGUUAACAGUUAACCUAUCUAUCCAGGUUGCAUGUCUAUAUGUGCUGCAUGCUGAUUCAUUUGUCCUAUUUUUAUACCUUUGAAAAGUAAUAAAUUGAUAUAGAUUGUGCACAAGGAAAGGACAAGUAUCUAAAUCAUGCAGUUUAGUCUUCGCCAGUGUUGUGAAAAUCGCGCUCGGGGCGCGGGGCGCUCAAAGCGAGCCUGUAAUCGCCCCGAUGCGGCGGGGUCGUGCGGGAUCCGUGGAGCGACGGUGGGGCGCGCCCGGGUCGUCUGGGUCGCCGUGGAGCUAGGGCUUAAUCUAAUGUGGGGGAAUUCAAAUUCGAGCUCGAGCAUCAAGUUUGAUCUAAAAUGCAAUCGCGAUAAGCAGAGGCUGAGGCAAGCAAUCAAUUACGCAAACAAGCAAUUCAAUGGCCAGCUGAAGAUGGCGGCGCCGAGUGGGUUGAACGGCGUCGUUCGUUGUCGCGAUGGAGUUGAUUUAGGGAGGAAUUGGAUUGAUUUAGGCGAUGGGCAUUUUCGUUAAUUGUUUCUUUAGUUGACGGCAAUUUCUACAAUUUCAUCAAUUUAGUCCCAAUAUUAAAAUAAUUAUUUUCUAA